GCUCUUCCGCAUCCAACUAGGGCUUGACCUACCUGACUCUAAACGGCGGAGGUUCGGCAGUCGCCGAUCUUUUCGAGCUCCAAUGGUGAAGUCCGUCGCCGGUGAAGAAACCCGGCUGAAAUCUGCCGAGGAUCGGCUAUCUCGAUCCUCAAUUACAGCCGAAGUUGGUAUCAUAAUAGGGAAGCUAAGCCUCCACCUGGAGCGAGGGUUUGUGUAUGAUUUGAUUCCUACUCCGCCCACUGAUGGUGGCGGCCCCGCGUGCUCGCUUAAAUUCGACACCGGAGGCUGGGACGGCAGGAAGAAGGGUUCAAAAGGCGGGAAAGCUUCUGCGGAGGCAAUUCCUUCACUUUUGAUCGACGGGGAGUGGGUGGCUGAACACGCUCGACAGGUUUCGAGAAUGCUUUUGGGUGGUAUGAGUGUUAUUGGGAUCUAUGUUUGGUCGUCGGAGGCCUCGUUUAAGGCGACAUCGGCUUCAGCACUCUCUCAGGCAGUCAGGGUGGUUGCUCAAGCCACGCCAAGUUUUGAAAGUGAAACAAAUGAAAGGCUUUUAAUUCACAUAUCUCAUAGCCCAAAAAGGUGGGCCUGUCGAAAUUGUGCAAUUACAUCAGUAGAUUUGCGGCCAUGUGAUUUCAAAAUGAGCAAGCUUUUACCAACGCUUCAAACAUAUAGGUGCAUGUACGGUUUUGACAUAAGGAUACCUGUUGAUGUGGUGUCCACUUCAAAUACUUUCAAGAAUGUCCUUCGUAGUGGCAUAUCUCGUCAUGCUAGAGAUCUGCAAAGCGCCCGAGCAUUAUUUGAUGGUAAAUUGGUUGCUGAGAAUCAACAAGUGACUUCUGACGGCUUGCAUAAUGUUGAGCUGCUUCUACCAUUCAAGGGUGAUGCACAACAUGGAAGUUCAGGUGAUGUUGCUGGUCUGCUUGUGUUUAGAGGAGCUAUAUGUGCUUAUGCAUACCUUAAUCCGAAGGAGCCUGCUUCACAAGCCAUAUCUGAUUUAAAGAAUGAUAUCAUAAACAGCUUGAAAGGCAGACUAGAUCUCGUUUUUGAGGAGGGAGAAGGUACAUUGGACAUGGCUUCUAAUGAUCUUGGGAAAGAAAGCGAUGAAAUGGUCUCCGGAAAGCCAAUCCAUCAACUUAUUUUGCAUGAAUUGAGGAAACCCCUGGUGCUCUCCUUCCCCAGAAGAGUUUUGGUACCUUGGCUAUCUGGCACUUUCAUAUGUGACUAUCUACUGUCUUCUGAAACUUUUGAGGACGUGAAAGACCGCUGCCGGGAAUUGUUGUCGAUGGAAGCUCCUGCAGAAUCUAUUGGGUUGCUGGAGCUGGAAACUGAAGCUGAGCCUCCAAUAGCUUCAUCAUUCUGGGAUGUGGUCCGUGGAAAUCCCAUAUCUUCCAAUGGAGAACCAAAGAACAAAACCCCUUCGAUACCAUUGAAAAAGUCAAAAUAUUUCAACUUUAAUCUUUAAAUUGCCCUUUUAAUUCUCCUGGUCGCUGUUUUCAUCGGUGGAUCUACUACAUUUUUCAAUCCAAGAAGGUAAAGUUCACUCACUUGGUCCGCCCAGAUGUUAUGUUGCUCUGCUUGGGUUGUAAUCCUAUUGUUUUAGGUGUAUUAAUUAUGCGGUCGGUGUUAAAUUUGUUAUGAUUUUUUUAUUUGGAAAUUUACAUUCAUACCACACAAUUUUUAUGUUUUUGCAUCUUUAACA